CCCUCUGGGCAGGGCCUGGGCCACCUCGGGGUUUCCAUCCAGAAUCGGGCAAGUGGUCCCCGUUGUGGUCGUGACCCAGAUGUUCAGAGGCGCUCCAGUGAAGCUGGGGAGACGCCGCUGUUGUGGCUGCUGCGUAUGAGUUCUGGCAAAGCCCGUCCCCUGCACAGGAAAAGGCGUCAUAACCUCAGAUCGUGCGCAGAGAUCUCUGGCUGGUGAGCCGAGGAGAUAACAAUUGCAACCAAAGCUUUGGGCGCAUUCCAGAACACACUCUGCUUCGGGCUCGUGUGGUCGGAAGGUGGUUCCCGCCCUCACCCUUUAACAGAAUGAAGGAUAUUAGGUCCUGUGCUCCCUGGCUCGAGUUCUGACGUUGUUCUUGGCUAUGAUGUCCGUUUGCAUAGCUGCAGGGGUGCCCGGAUUCCCCCUGAAUUUUCCCUUGAUUUAAAAAAAAAAACAGGAAAGGGGUAUGCUAGAAGGAGCCCGGAAUGCCUUAUGUGGACCGUCAGAACCGGAUCUGUGGGUUCCUGGACAUUGAAGACCAUGAGGUCUGUGGGAAGUUCCUCCGAAGAUAUUUCAUCCUGGACACCCAGGCCGACCGCCUGCUGUGGUACAUGGACAAUCCCCAGAAUCUGGCUAUAGGAGCAGGAGCGGUUGGAUCUUUGCAGUUGACCUACAUAUCGAAGGUCAGUGUGGCUACCCCAAAACAAAAACCGAAAACACCUUUCUGUUUCGUUAUCAAUGCUUUGUCUCGGCGCUAUUUCUUGCAAGCCAGUGACCAAAAGGAUCUGCAGGAUUGGGUAGAGGCACUAAAUCGGGCCAGCAAGAUUACGGUACCAAAGGGCGGAAGUUUGCCCCCAACCACAGAUGCUGCAAAGCGCCCCUACAAGACAGAGAUAAUCGGUGGGGUGGUUGUGCAGACGCCAAUCUCUGUCAACCAGAAUGGAGGGGACGGCUCUGAAGGUGGCGAAAUCGCAGUCCACCCUCUUCUGAGACGGUCCCAGAGUUACAUCCCCACCACCAAGACGCCAGCUGGCCCGCCGGUCCUCAAGAGCGGUUACUGCGUGAAGCAGGGGAAUGUGAGGAAGAACUGGAAACGCCGGUACUUUAUCCUGGAUGAUUUUUCCAUCGGUUAUUACAAGUGUGAGCAGGACAAGGAGCCUUUGCGUUCCAUCCUCCUAAAGGACGUGCAGAAGACUCACGAAUGCCUAGUCAAAUCUGGGGACCUCCUCAUGAGGGACAAUCUUUUUGAAAUCAUAACAAACUACAGGACUUUCUAUGUCCAGGCUUAUAGCCCUGAAGAGAUGCACAGCUGGAUCAAGGCCAUCACGGGGGCGGUGCAGGCGCUGAAGAACUGCCCAAGAGAAAUGGCCCUGGUGAGAUCCAUGUCUGUGAGCAAACGUGGAAGCACUGCCCUUCCCAACUCGGCCAUCCCUUCCAUUGCAAGGCUGAAACAGUUGGGAGAUGAGGCGAAGACUGCUGGCAGAGGCCCCUCGACUUCGGGCUGGCUGCCCUGGACGCCAGUGCCCCAGUCAGACGCGAAGCAGCAGCCCGCAUCGGAGGAGGCGGCCAGACUGCUGAAGGACUCCGAGUUUGUGCCCGUAUCGGCCAAGCAAGAUGCUGGAGCUGGACAGGCUGGGCGUUUCCGCCACAGGUCGGAGCCCCAGAACUUUAAGGAGCGCCCUUUCCCCUUUGACCUGGAUGACGACAGCAUCCGGACCUCCGAUGUGUGACCCGACUGUUGCAGGCGCUCAGCUGAUACGGAACAUGGCCCGGAUCCUAGCCCAGGUCUGCUGGGUGAAUGCUGGCUAGCUUGUACCUGCUCAGGAAGCAAAGAUUCAACUAACCACUCCGAUGCUAUGAACUGCACUGUGGGGAGGAGAUCGGAGGGGACCAUGGCUGCAGACUGUGGCUUCUCCAGGCCAAGGCAGAGACGGACAUGCGGCACCCAGGGGCUUAAACUCCGGCCUGUUGCCAGUCCUUCGCAUUUGCACAAUUGAGCAAAAAUGUGAUAGAGCUUUGCCUCCUUUCACUUGGUUCUUCCCUCCUUCCAUCAAAUGGAGGCCUUCCUGUAGGAGUAAGCAGCUCUCUUCUGUUUGUGGCAAAAUUCAGUUCAUUCCACUGGAUGCCUUCCCAUGUAGCGAAGGGGAGGCCACACUGUCAGUUUAGCUAGAAGCCCUGAGAAGGAAGGUGCUUCCGUGUGUGUGUGUGUGUGUGUGUGUGUGUGUGUGUGUGUGUGCCAUCUGCAGCUUGGCUUACUUGCUGAAGUUGUUCAAACUUUACUGCACUGUAUCCAGUUACAUCUGGCUCUCUGGUAAUGAUCUGGCUUACACUGUUAAUCUGUGGAAGGACCGCGAAGAGCCGGCUUGUAUCAGGAGGUCAGUUCUUCCAGAAUGCUUAUUUGGAAGCCGUAACACGGAACUGUGUGGAUUCCUGCACCCCCACCCCUGCAACUCUCCAACCCUUUCUGAAAAUAUUUUUCCCCCAAGUAGACACCAUUUGUGCCUCUCUGAGAUCAGGGCCUUCACACACCCUACGAUCUCAAAGCUUUUCAUAGCCUUCAGUACGGUGAACUUCUAAUUUGGGAGGCAACACGUGCUUUUUGCUAGGACUUCAGAGACUGGAACAAAGUGAGGUUGGGAUGGUGGGAGUUGUAGUCCCACAAUAUCUGGGGACCCAAGGUUGUGAACCCCUGGGCUAAGGCAUUCAUAAGAAGGCACCUUUAUUCUCCAGUCUAGGUCAGCGAUUCUUAAAAUCUGCCCAUCGGUUGAAAAUAAGAGGACGUGAUCCAGCUGUGGUGGUCAGUACCAUCUGGGAGAUGGAAAAGAGCUGAUAGCAUUGCAAGACUUCCCGCUUUCAGGGUGUGCUCAUGCAUUUAUCGUCCAGACCGUCGGGCCUGCAGCCAGGGGUGGAAUCACCAUUGGGCGGACGGGUUCAAAGAACUCGGGCUGCCACCAAUCAGGGGCCACGCCUUGCGCCCCAGACACGCCUCCCACAUCUGAAAUCAGACACAGGGGGUGUGGUUUUGCUGGCCAACGCAGCCGUGUGGCCUCACUUGGGAGUUAGAUUGGUCAGGUUUGCAGCACGGCCAGAGCGGCUCUCCCUGCUGGCCGAUUGAGCUCCCAAACAGGGCCAUGCAGAUCCAUUUGGGAGCGAAACCACGCCCCCGCGUCUGAUGUCAGACACAAGGGGCGGGGCUGGGGGGCCGUGGCGGAGGCAGCCCUCGGGCCCCCGCUUGGCUCCCUCCGCAGCUGCCUGCAGCGGCCACAUUUGCAAUGGUGUUCUAAAAGCUUCUUAAAGUUUUUAAAAAUACAAAAAAACGACUACAAAUUUUUUUAUCACUGUUGUCAGAGGAAUGGAAAUGGAAAUUGGCAGGAAUGUCCAUUUGUUCAUUGUUACCUUAACCCUUUGCUCUCUGCAAAAAUGACCGCAAUCUUACCCUAAAAAGUUGGAGGUUGGAAUAAAGAAGGGGUGAGAUCACCGAGAAAGCUGUAAGAGCAGCCAUUCUCUCACCUCUUUUCCAUCUCUAGCGGGGAAGAUGUUGCCGAGAAUCACUAUGAGCUCUCAUCCUGAGACAGUACCAAUGGGCAACAUUUGUGGGCCUGCCUCUUGGACCAUAACGAAUGGUACAAGGCUUUCCCAGGCCAAAUAGCGCUGAAGGCCAAAUGAGCAUCUCUAGGCCCUUUACCACUCAGAAGCAACCACGGAAUGGAAAUGGGAAUACACUAAGAAUGUCUCAGCGUCAUGAAUCCUACGCAGCCUCAGUAACCGGUACGUUUGUACCUCCCCACUGGUGCUUCCUGUGCUGAAGGUGUAAAUCUGGAGAAACGUAAGUGGGCCGCAGAGAUGCAAAUGCAUCCGGGUGCCAGAAUCAUGGCUUCAGAACAGUGUGUAGCCCCUGAUUCCGAUUCUCACUGCUGGGCAGCCUUUUAGUGUCUACCCCAGAGGCAGGCAACCUUGGUUGUCCAGCUCUUGUUGAACAACAACCCCCAUCAAUGUAUUGUGGCUGAGGGGAGCCAUAUCUACCAGUGGGAGCAAUAUCUCUCAGCUGCUUCCCCAACAAACUGAGAUAUGUGACCAUCUGCAGCACCAGCUUCAUUUUCCAUCCCGAUCUCGGGCUGGGGGAACUUCAGGUUCUGUGUAAGGUGUGAACUCACUCAUAGUAACCCACUCAUUCUUAGGAUGGCACAUCCCUUAGACUAAUGGCAGAUAGGAAACCGCAGUUGUUCCUUUGUAAAUGUGUGUGUUUUCCAGGCACCCCGAUCCAGCGAGGGAUAUCGGUGUCUGCAGGCAGAAAUCCAUGCAUGCAGCCAGGGGUUCUUUUGGAUAUACAUCUGCAUCACAAUGAAUACAAAUAUGAAGAUUACUCGUAUACAGGAGAACCUCCAUAUUUGCGGGGGUUCCGUUGAGUGUUCCCUCUAACGGGGAUUCCCAGAUGUUGUUGACUACAGCUCCCAGAACCCCCAGCUGCAAUAGCCUUUGCUUGGGGAUUGUGGGAGUUGUAGUCAACAACAUCUGGGAAUCUCUGUUAGAGGGAACACUGCUACCAAUAUUAAAAAAUCGGAUGAAAAUUGUGGCUCCCUCCCCCUUUCUUUUUUCUUUUUUGCAAAAGGGGCCAUUUUGAGGCUCUCGAUCUCUGAGGCUCCUGAUCAUUUCUGGCCACCCCUGACUUGUGGAUAUAUGAGGUUACCCCCCCAUCCCACCCCGCAUCUACAGAGAUCAGUUACCUGACUGCAGAUAAGCAAAACCGUGGAUACUGAGUCUGCUACUAACAAGGUUCUCCUGUACUGCUUUUCAACAAAAGUUCCCAAAGCAGUUUACAUAGAUAUAAAUAAAUAAGAUGGUCCCCUGUCCCCCAUAGGGCUUGCAAUCUAAAUAAGAAACAUAAGGCAGACACCAGCUACAGCCACUGGGUUAGAGCGGGUCAGUUGCUUCCCCCCUGCUAAAUGCAAGGGAAUCACCACUUUAGAAGGUGCUCCUUUGCUCAGUUGAUGCUCCUCCAGACCCCAUGAGAUUGACGAGAAGCAUCUUUUGAUCCAGACUGAGAUCUGGGUCCUCAUUCAGGGGUCUUGCCAUUGUGUGCAGCAUCAGCUGGACAGAGUUGUCAGGGAUGAUGCUGUAGCAGAAAACAUUCCUACCCUCGGCAGGGGUUUGAAGACUUCUGAGGUUCGUUCCAGCUGCAACAUACUGUGAUUCUAGAUCAGUGCCAUGGAAUUAAUGUUAUUUUCAUUUGUGCAAGGACUACUCUCUCACACUCUGUAAAUAUCUGUGGUAAUAAAUUAUGUUCAUGUAUGUGAGGGAGAGAGAGAGAGAGAGAGAGAGAGAGAGAGAGAGAGAGGUGUGUGUGUGGGGGGGCAGGUAUUUCAGGACCAUAAAAUGCCCCCCCUUUAAAGGAAAAGAGUGUGAGUCAUGGAGUCAGACUUUUCUUUUUAAAGCCUAGCAUCAUCCUGCCACAACUUCUGAUGAUGCGCAGAUGAGAUGCAAAGCUAUGGAAUAUGAAGUAUUCGGGGACUUUAUAACUAGGGUGGCCUGUGUUCCAUAAUAAAAUUUAAAUAAAAUGACAGGGCCAAAUCCAGCCCAUCUAAAUUCUGUGCCAAGAACAGCUGAAUUCUCCAAAUGGAGCCGUAUGCACGCUUUUCUCUGUGCAUUAUUUUGCAUUGUUUAAAAACUGCAUAAUUCUGUUCAUGCUCAGAGAGGUAGGAUGGAGCUUCUCCAACUUGGCCACAGUGGCUGGGGAUUCUGGGAGCUGAAGUCCAGCAACAUCUGGGACCCAGGCUGGAGAACCCCUGCGGUAGGGUACACACCCUUCUGACUUAGUACCCCAAAGCAUACAUGUUUGCGUAGAAGUCCAACUGAGUUUAGUGGGGCUUAUUCCCAAGUAAGUGUGUAUAGAUGUGCUGCCCUGCUCAACCUCCUUUUGCAUCUGCAAUGUUAGCAGGCAUUUCCAACACACUUAUAAUAACCUUGACAACUCCAGAAACUCUUUUUUUUUUUAAAGCCGAGAUACUCAGGAAGCAGAAUUCUGUAUUGUAGUCCCGUGUUCCUUGAUUUUCCCAUGCACUCUCACUCAAUCACAAACCGUGUGCCCUACUACUGAGCUAAAUGGUCCCUCCCCCAAAUAAUGGAUCAAUGACCUGAGAAUGGGCAGAUGCCUCUGGAUGGCACACGUGUUUGCUCUUUGAUAGACAGAGAAGGCUCCCUGAUUUAAAGAGGUAUUUUGCAGCUUUCCUACUAAUCUUUGUCAAAAGAAUUGGGGAAAGAGAUUGAGCUGGAACCGUGAGUCAUGCUGGAAACCAUGGCAAUCCUUGGGGUUGAAUGAAGUGGUCCUGGACCAGUGGGUCUUUUUCUUUUGCUACGCUUAUGAGAAAUCUCCCCUUGACCCGUGUGUGUGUGUGUGUGUGUGUUGUUUGUGUCUUCGUUUGCACUAAUGUAUAGGAUCACCCGAGUAUUUUUAACACUGAACCAUUCAAGUUGUCAUCAGUUUUCCAGAAGACCAUGUCUGCAUUUAACAGCUGUAGAACAAGACAGGAAUUGUACAGGUCAAGUGUUAUCCACAACUUCUCCAAGUUGGGAAAGCUUUCCCUAUGCCAUGUCUACCUGUCUGUCUUGCAACUGUUUAAAGCACAGGGGCUUUGCAAGGACAAAAACAAAAGUUGGCCACUCUUGUUUGGCCAGGAACAAAAAAAAAUUUUUUUAGAUACAUGACAGGUUUGUGCAUCUCGAAAUGUGUGCAUUUCCAAGAAAGCACUGGCAUAUUGUUCCAAAGAUAUGUUCGGAGAAACCCUACGUGUGUUUACUCAGAGGUGUGCACUGCAGCCUUACUUUGCAGUCCUGUUGCUGUUUGGUAGGAUUUAUUUACAGCUGAGCAUGCUUAGGAUUGGGGCCUUUGUGGAAAACCUUAUGCUUGCAGCCCAAUUUUGUGCAUUUACUGUGCAGAUUUACUUGGAAGUAAGCCCUAAUAAAUUCAGUCAGGCUUAUAGGUAAAGUGCACCGUCGAGUCGGUGUUGACUCCUGGCGACCACAAAUCCCUGUAGUUUUUCUUUGGAAGGGGUUGACCAUUGCCAUCUCCCAUGCAAUGAGAUGAUGCCUUUCACCAUCUUCCUAUACCACUGUUGCCUGAUAGAGGUGUUUCCUAAAUGAGCACAGACAUGGCAGCCCUAGUCUGCAUUCCCUACCACACUUCUCUGUAAGGAAGACCCAUUGGGAUUGAUGAAACCUACUUGUGAGUAAAGCAGCUUACCCUUGAGUUGCCUUCCCAUUGUAAUUGGCUUUUCCUUCUGUUGAUCUGAAAUGUGAAGCAGACGCAUUUCAGUUAGAAGUCUCUGCCAGGUCUGCAACACAGAUUUUUAGCCAGUUACAAACAACCACCCAUAGGUCUUAGCCAGGGAGGUCCCCAUGUGUCACAAGGCACCAUGCAGGGCAACCUUGACACUGGGCAAGAGAAAUGCUCUUCAGCAACCACUUCCUUAUGCAGAGACUCUGAGCUUGCUGUGCAGAGGCAAACCAGGGCACUGGCAGGAGUUUCUAAAUCCCAAGGGGGCAGCACAGAACCAGAGACCGCAGCCUCCAGGCAUUGUGGCUGAGGAAGAUGGGAGCUCUAGGCCCAUCCAAGGACCCAGGGUAAGGAACCUCUGCCCUGGUACAAGUCCACCCUGCCAACCCAGGGUUGGGCAAACCUGGCCCUCCAACUGUUGUUGAACUACAACUCCCAUCAUCCCCAGCCACAAAGGUUCGCUAGGCAUGUCGGGGAUGGGGCCAUUAGCGCAGAUGCUGGGAAUGUCUCCUGCCUGAAUCCUUGGAGAGUUGUUGCUGCCGGUCAGUGCAGACAAUACGGAGCUUGAGGGACCAACCAUCUGGCUCUGCAUAAGGCCGCUUCUUCCCAUGCUCUAGUGCCCAGCACCUUAUCUUGAAGCAGUGAACCCCAUAAAUGAGCCAUGAGUUGUGUGAAGGAGUAUUUUCUUGGUCCUGUAUCUGUUGCUACUGAGUGAUCUGGUCUGAUGAGAGAGGGAGAGAACUCUCUCCUUGCCUGUAUGUGGUUGCAGUCUAAAGCCCUCUUCUUUAUGGGAGCAAAUCCCAUUAGAUUCAAUUGCACUUUGCAGUGAAGAUGUUUAGUAUUGCACUUCACUCUUGCUCCCUCCUAAUACAUGCCCCCACAUGGGCAGUUCUACCCAGAAUCUGGCUACGGCAAGGAGACUCGGAUUUGGGCCAACAGAGUCCCGUUAAAGCAAAUGAGAUGUGGAAGGCGAAAAUCCCAAAUUCUUGGGCUUAAUUAAGUCUAUGGAUCAACUUGUAUUAACGUGUUCCCUUUUCUGCCAGGCAUCCGCCCGGCGGUUUCAAGGAAAAACAAACCAAUCCAUCAUCGCAACCGGGUUUUCUGUUUUGUUAAUACAUUUAUUUUUCAUGCUGCUUGUGGAUUUAGCUGUGAUAACUAAUAAUUCUCAGCUGUGAAUUGCACUCCUGUAGAAAGAGUGGUGGUUGUUUUUUCCUUGAGCAAAACACGUGCUGUACAAUUACUUAAGUAAUUGCCAAUAACUGUUUGGUUGUUUUUUAAAAAAUAAAACUGUGUGAACAUG